AUGUCGUUCUACCUCGCAAUUGUGUCACCACUCGACACGCCGCUCUUCGAACUGUCUUUCAACAGCAGCAAGCCAGCGCCUCCAUCCAGCGCCUCGUCGGCCAGUUUCAGCUGGAGCAGCUUCAACGGCCCAGACGCUACCCCCGUCCCAUCAGGCCUCAACCUCGGCCUAGUAUCAGGACCUGGGGUGGAGCGACACCUGCUGCAGAUGAUUGCGCAUGCGGCAUUGGAUACGGUCGAGGAGGUGGCCGAGGGCACGGGGAGUCUAUACCUCAAGAACGUAGACAAGCACAACGAGUGGAUGGUGUCUGCGUUCCUUGCUACCAAUGUCAAGUUUGUGCUGCUGCAUGAUACGAAGAAUGACGAUGGGAUCCGGGUGUUCUUUGGCGACGUGUGGGAGCUGUAUGUCAAGGCCGCACUCAACCCGUUCCACACAGUCAACACGUCGAUCCGAACCCCUCUCUUCGAGGCCCGGGUGCGCGCCAGCGCACGAAAGUACCUUUAA